AUGGAUGGGGCAGCUUCAGGACCAACGAAUAAGGCAGGUUGUGGAGGUUUGAUCAGAAAUGACCAAGGAAACUGGUUGAUGGGGUUUUCAAGAAACAUUGGGCAAGCCAAUAGCUUCAUGGCUGAGACCUGGGCAUUGCAGUUAGUUGCCCGCUUUUCCCGAUGCUGCAUUAGACACAUUUACCAUGAGGCCAACAUAUGCGCUGAUAAGCUGUCUAGAUUAGGACUGGUGCAGUCUUUAGAUUUUGUGUUGCAUCACAGUCCGCUUGUGGACUUGCUUCCUCUUAUUGAGGCUAAUAAGCAUGGUUUGUACUCUAACAGGAGGUGCCCUGCACCUUAUUCUGUUCUUUAG